AUGGGUUUUGCCGUUCCGUCCGACCUGGUCGUGCUGCUCCUCCUCAUCAGCACCCAGGCAGUACAUCUCAGAAAAUGUCCCAGAACGUGCGUGUGUGACGAUGUCAAGCUCACCGUGGCCUGCGUCAGGAAAAAUCUGACACGAGUUCCCACCGCUGUCAGCGAGAUCACAGUGAAGCUGGACUUGAGGGGCAACAACAUCCAGGAGCUGCCGACGGGGGCAUUCCGGCACAUCCCUUACCUCACCCACCUGUCCUUGCACCGCUGUGCCAUCCAAAGGGUGCAGGAGGGAGCCUUCCGCAGUCUGGGGCGCCUAGUGUUCCUCGACUUGGCCAACAACAACAUCGAGAUUCUAUAUCAAUGGUCCAGGGCUUUAUGUAGGUUCCCCUUCACUGGCACAUCUUACAGCUUGAUUUCCUUCUCUGCUGGUGGACAGGAGUCAUUCGAUGGCCUUUCCUCCCUGAAGCAGCUCCUGCUGGACCACAAUCGUGUGGAGGAGAUCCAACCUGGAGCCUUCAGCCAGCUGGGCUUCCUGAACCUGCUGUCCCUCACUCACAACCAGCUGGUCUACCUGCCCAACAUGGCCUUCCAGGGCCUGCAGAACAUCAAGUGGCUGCGGCUCAGCCACAACUCCCUCAACAACCUGGCCCCAGAAGCCUUUGGCAGUCUCCUCACCCUGGCGCGCCUCAGCUUGGACCACAACGAACUACAGUUCUUCCCCACCCUGACCAUGACCAGGCUGCCACAAGUCACCCGGCUGGAUCUAGGCCACAAUCCCAUAACCUACCUGGGGGAGGAGACUAUAUCCAUGCCCAAGCUCACGCACCUCUUCAUGGACCACAUGUCCCUGCAGGAUUUCUCCAUGGCAGCACUGGCUUUCUCCCCCCGGCUCGUCCACCUGGACCUGAGCCACAACCAGCUGCGUGUUCUGCAGCCCCUGGUGGGACCUGCUCAGCUGACCCGCCUCAAUCUGACAGGCAACCCAAUCCACUGCAGCUGUUACCUACGGCCCCUCAGGGAGUGGGCUCUCAGCGGCUUCGUGCGCUUGGCAGGUGCGUGUGCCAGACCUCCUCAUUUCUCUGGGGAGAACCUGGAGGCCCUGCACCCCACCGAGUUGCGGUGCCAGAGCCAGGAGGCCAUGCUGGAGGCGGAGUUGGAGGAAAUAAACAGGGCUACCUUGACCACCACCCCUGUCCCGAGUAACAAGAUCCAGUGCCCCUCAAAUUGCGACUGUGAGGGUGAGACCCACCACUCCAGCUGUGAGAACCGUGGCCACACCAAGGUGCCCCAUGGCUUCUCACCGGACACCCGCUUCCUGGAUCUGAGGGAUAACCACUUCCAUUACAUCCCCAGCCACAGCUUCCGUGGCCUGGUCCAGGUGGUCUCCCUGCACAUCCAACGCUGCAAGAUCCACGAGCUGGAGGGCGCCACCUUCUCGGGCAUGAAGGCCUUGGUCUACCUGUACCUCUCCGAGAACGACCUUUCCUCCCUGAGUGCCCAGACCUUCCGUGGUGCCCCAGAACUGACCUACCUCCACCUUGAGAAGAACAAAUUUGCCCGGUUUCCUUGGGAAGCCUUCAAGCUGUUGCCAAACCUCCUCUCGCUCCACCUGGAGCACAACGCCAUCAGCAGGCUGGAGCAGGGAGUGCUGGCUGGGGCCAAGAGGCUGAGGGAGCUCUACCUGACAGGUAACGUCAUCAACAUGGUGGCCCCCAAUGCUUUUGACUCCGCCUCCGCUCUGGAUACCCUCCACAUGGGCUCGAACCAGCUGAAAGAGGUGCCAGCUGAGGCACUCGGCAAAUUGUCUCACCUGGCUGAGCUCCGCCUCUCGAAGAACCCCAUUCGCUGGGUGGGACCCAGUGCUUUUCUGCCAUUGGCUGGCAGUCUGAAACAUCUGUAUCUCAAUGGAUUGGGCUUGGAGAAGAUGUCCAAGGAGGCCCUGGCAGGCCUGGGUCCUGGGCUGCAGAGCUUGUUCCUGGAAGAGAAUCAGCUGGAGGAGGUGCCCUUGCUAAGCCCCCUCACGGGGCUGAAGGUGGUCAACUUGGCUGAGAAUCCCCUGCUGUGCGACUGUGCACUACUGCCCCUGCGCAAGUGGAUUGACACGGUGAACCUGACAGUGAGCGCCACCUGUGGACACCCAUCAGAACUGCGGGGUCAAGAGGUCAAGGAUGUCAAGAUCUUCAAAAGCUGUCCUGGCGAAGGGUCGCCCCCCACCAAACAAAAGGCUUCCAAGACCUCCAAACCCAAAUCCACACAUGCAAAGACCCCCAAGUCUACUAAAGCCAAACCAGCACAAAUUAAGGUGCCCAAAACCACCAAACCCAACCCAACACACCUGAAGACCCCCAAAGCAAAGGCACACAAGAGCCAUGGGUAAAAUUAGCAGCCGGCCCCUAAAAUCAGUGUAACACCAUAGCUUUGCCAGCACACAAGCGACACAUUCAUUAAUAAUGAUAGAUGGUAGCAUAAUGGUUAGUGUCACUGCAUUUGGAUCCAAAGGUUGCA